UUUACAUCAAUACAGAUUGACGUCGUCGACUACACUGUUUGUGUCAAAUUGAUGUACACGACGAUGACGUGAGUGUUGAAUGUACUUAGGCUGGGCCCUAGCGUACGCCCUUCCACCCAGAGAACCAGCAACAUGAGAGGACACGACGAGAACUCCCGUAGUCGACGCAGGGAGACGUCCCCGUUGCUGCGAGGUAACGUUCUGAAUGAGACAGGCCUUAAUGUUCGGAAUCUCGUCAUAGGUAACGUCGUGGUAUGUCUGUAUUUCAUAGCGACAAAUUUCCACAAUCCCACCAUGGACCAGUAUCUGUACAGAAGGAUGACGGAAGAGGUGUUUGGAAAUGUAACCCAUCACGAGUCCUUCAAUCAGACCUGCUAUGUAAACAAGACAGAUAAACAUUAUCUUCUUCAGGAGAAGGCUCAGCAGCUGGCAUCCAGAAAACAGAUGUAUUUCACAAUGGCCCGAGGUGUAUUUGUAGUCUUGAAUAUCGUCCUGUUAGGAGCAUACUCUGAUUUUAUUGGUCGGAAAGUGAUGUUUAUUGUUGCCAUGAUGGGUUGUAUAACCAGGUACUGUACACUGACAGCCAUCAUCUACUGGGAACUCGACUUCAAUUAUUACUUCAUAGGGGAGAUUGUAUCCGGUAUAACCGGAUACGACUACUCCUUCCUGUUGGCCAGUUAUGCUUACACCGCCGACAACACACCUCCCAAGAAGACCAGGACUAUAGCAAUAGCCGUUCUUGAAACAACUCUGAAUCUUGCAAAUGCUGCCUCCCAAAUAGCAAGUGGAUUCUUUAUUCAAAGAACCGGAUUCCUCUACCCUUCGUUCACCUCGGUCAUAUUGAUGUUCCUGGCCGCCAUGUUUGUUCUUGUGUGUGUAAAAGAGACCUUGCCCCGAGUAGAAGUGCAACAUAAAGACUGUAUUGGUCCCUGCAAAAGCAUCAAAAGAGUUGUUGGAUUUUAUCUGUUUGAUGAUACCAAACAGACCCGGUUGCUGUUUAUAUUGGCAUUGUUGACCUACCUGUUCUUCAUCUUGCCUUCCAGCAGUGCAUCGAACACAGGCACGCUGUAUAUGCUGAACAAACCAUUCUGCUGGACUCCUGAAACUAUUGGGUAUUAUUCAAUGGCGGGCACUGCACUAAAGCAGGUGCUUGGUGUGCCACUUAUUAAGGCACUCCAGUACUGUAUCAGUGAUGAGAUUAUAGGAAUAUCCAGCUCGUUCGUGAUGGUUGCAGCAUAUACACUCCGUGGACUGGCUUACACAGACUGGAUGAUGUAUGGGGUUGCAGGACUGGAGGCUUUCACGUUUGCGAUUUCCCCGACGGUUCGAGCCAUCAUGUCCAGAAUGUCACCACGAGACAGACAAGGUUCUCUCUUCACGAGUCUGAUGCUAGUCCAAGCUCUGUGUACACUGCUGGGGACGCCAGUUUUCAGCUCCCUGUACCAGUCCACCGUUCAGGUGAUGAGAGGAAGUGUCUAUCUAGCCAUGGCUGGUCUACAACUGCUCUCUGUCGCCGUGUUUAUAGUGUUCGCCUGUCGGUCACGCGGUGCUGACCAUGGUAUCUAUAACGAAGAGGAAGUGACGAUACAGGAAAGCGGGUCUCUGCCAUAUUCGUCGCCGGGACUGUCGGCGUCGUUCGAGAGAAGUGGUUCCCACGUGCAGUCGCGGGGUGAUCUGAUAUCACAGCCAAUCAGAAGCAGCGAUCGUUAUCUGUCUUCCUACUCGUAUUCUUCUGUGGAGUCCUAUUAGACUUGAUACAGGGAGGCGGUAACUCUGUGUUUCUCGUCCACUGAAUGAAAUUCUUGGAUUCCCUAAAUGGGCAAUCUUUUUGUUCCGAUGGGCGAUAACUCUUCCUUUGACAUGAUGGAAGCGAUGUCCAACUUUUCGCUUCCGGUCUGGUCCACGGCUCAAUGUGCGCAGCGACAGUUUGCGACAUGUAAAGACAGAGUCAACCUCACGCGUUGUCUUGUUGCACCUUCAUUGAAAACCGGUCGUUUACAACGAAAAUCCUAAUCUAACUGACACAUGUUUGUGAUGAUUGAGAGUUUAGAACAGUAUCAUUUGUUUAAUCCCCCAAGUGCAAUAUUAAUUGACAUUAAGGACAUAAUAGGGAAAACUCUAUGAAAAAGCGGUAAAUUGUCAUGGUAUUUCCUACGUCAGAACACCAAGAAUUGUAAGUCUCAGGUAAAAUAGCAUCGAUGAAAUAAUGAGAACUCAUUCUUAUGAGCCUUUGUGUAAUUUCCAACAACGAUUCCUCGACCAUUGCAGCACUGAAAUCUAACAAAUAGUUCUCAUACACUUACCUUAAUGUAAUACAAUCGCAGCGAGAUAAGCCUACAUCUGCAGGUAACGGGCAUCCUUUAGCAGGCUUUUUAUAGUCGUUUUAUAAUUAUUAUACAUUAAUGACUGAUAGUUGAAGAAAUAAGGUGUAUAAUUUAAUGGUUAUAAAUGGUACGCUCUUAUAUACGGUUGCUCACACUUCUGAUUUCAUGUUGUUUGCAUUUAAGAUAUUCUGAACGUACCCACCCGUGAAGAUCCGGGUUAGAAUAAAUCUUCAGUAACCCGUGCUUGUUGUAAGAGGCGACUAACGGGAUUGGGUGAUCAGGCUCAAUGACUUGGUUAACACAUAUCAUU